CAGUGAACCUGGUGGUAGUGUGUACCGGUACAACAUGAAGGGCAUCAUGGUUAUGCGAAACCCCAGCAUGCCAGAUAUUGUAUUUCUGACUGCUGAUAAAGAAUUUGUCGGUCACAUGAACCAACUUGCCAUUUCGAAGAAACUGACUACGGAACAGGAGGUUGACAAGGACCAGUUGGAUAUAUCCAUCGCAACCCACUAUUUCUCACCAAUAGUUGCAUCCUAUGCAUCGUUGGACAAUGAACUCCACUUACCUUAUGCAUCCAUAAGAACUAAGAAUGACUUCCUGUUUGUCCUAAAACAGUGCGAUGAUCAUCUGUACAUUGCCGUGAAUGGUGAUGGCUCUGAAUCCGAAGUGUUUCUUCAACGCAAACUGCAAGUUCUUCAUCGACUGGUUGAAUUUUACUAUGGGCCUAUAUCUGAUCAGCUUCGACCAGAAAGCGUUUCUGAGAGACAACGCGUAUGGGAGGAAUUAGCCAGAUUGAUUGACACCUGGACAGAGUUAUAUGGCAAAGAGCAAUGCUUCCUGGUAGAGGCAAUAGAGAGAUUACAAGUCAACCAAACAGUCAAUGAGAUAUGUAUUGGUGCCUUGGAAACUGUUCUACGUAAAUUUCGCUCUGUAGGAGAGAAAUAUGCUGUCCAUGCCAUGCUAAUGGUGGAUGCUAAGCUACUCGCAUUAUAUUCAAGUCGUAAGGCAUCUGAGUUGCAAUCAUCAGAUAUCCUGAUAACUACACUACUAGCAACAAGCUUCUGUCACACCAAGGAGAGAUUACAGAACUUACUGACUCAAAGCAUGCAUCAGUACGAAUGGCCAGAAAACAGCACACACAACCAGCACCUUUCUAGCAACAGUGAUGAGUAUUUGAGUGCCGGAGAUGGAGGAUCAGAUGAUGGGUCUUCUUAUUAUAGUACUAAUAAUGACUCGGAUAAUGGCACCAGUGAGAUGGAUACAGUACUCAGAACAGAGGUCAAAGCUUGUCCUGCUAAAUCCAGACUCUUGGCAAACACAGAAGACAAGGGAGCAGCAGGAGGAGGCACUUCAUCUGACUCACUGAGUGAUUGUGAAGCAGAAUUUAGCAAGGAGGCAUUCUUCACUCCUCCAGUCAGUGCAUCACCUAGUAAACCAAGAAGCAAGUCACUCAGAGUACAGGAGGCAUAUUCUAGCAAGGAUAGUAAACAUUCUGCCCAAAGUUUGUCAGUGGCUGCUACUGUCUCCUUGUUUGGUAGUGUGGCUGCUAGUGAGAACCUGAAGAGUGAUAGGCGAGAUUUUGUCCGUAUGCCAGCAUUCCUGCAGCUUCCGAAUUGCAGUUGUGCACCUCAUGUGAUGCAGUUUGUACCGGUCUUACCAGGAACCACUAUGGUGAUAGUUAGUCAGGUAAGGGUGCAACUUGCUAAGAUAAUAAGCAAUGCAUUGUACAUCGUGAAUCUGAUCUGUCAGAGAAAGAGUGAUGUGACGGAUGUACAACUCGGUUUUUCUCUACGUACUCUACCAGAAGCAUUGGAGAACGUUGUCAAACAAAUCUGUGAACAUGCCAAGAAGUUUAAGACUAGCGGCAUGCUGAAACAUCAAAGUGAGUUGAAGGAAUGUUGGCAGCAUGUCAAACGCUUUGGUCUGCAGGGCUACCUGGACACUGGCAAAACAACAGCAGUGUCACCAAGGUUAGAAGCAGCUUUGUCUGAGAUGAACCGAUUACUUAAGGUCAUCUUUAAGGCCCGUUACUUCAAUGUCAAGUCAAGCCCAGAGAGUGUAUCCAAGCAGUAUGCUGAAGCCAUCAAAGAAUCCCAGUAUUUACUGCGUGAAAGCUUGUUUCAUUACCAGCAAUACUUGACCAUCAAGGCACAGCGCAACAUUACUAUGACCACAUAUCUGGAGGAUUUUCCAGGACUUGUGCAUUUUAUCCAUGUUGAUAGGAAGACAGAUCAGAUUACAGCACCUUCUUUAGGAGCAUCAGAUGCACUACAUGAGGAAAACAGAGGCCAAAACCCUGCUGCUCUAGUCAAAGAAAAGGUCUGGAGCAUAGUUCCAAUGAUGCAUGAAUAUUUAAUGCAAGGCAAUUACACAGCAGCAGUCAGACAAGGGGAUUUCUACUUCUCAUAUUACCUCUACUUUGAAGAUGUCACAGGUAAACUAGUUGCAGCUCAGCGGCAAAUCAAAAUGGAACACACAGAUAUUCCUGGUAUUCUGACUGGGACCUUUUUCAAGGACUUGGUGCAUCGCUGUUUUCCUGGUAUUCCACCUGGCUUUGUUCGAUGCUGUGAACUUUUAUGCAUUCACCUAUCAGUGGUUCCUAUACAGUAUGUUACAGCUCAUGCAAGGCGUUUAUGUGCUUCACUUUGGGAGACAUCUGGUGAGGUUACAGCACCUGUAAACCUAUUGUAGCAGUACUUGUGCCAACUGCAUGGGCCCAAUCAGAACAGUUUGUGCCUAAACUAUAAGCAACUAUACUACAUUGUUUGACACUGUACGUAUUCCCCGAUCAGUACAUAAUCAGUAGGUGCUUAGGGUACUUUAGGGAGUUAGAAGCAUGGUGGUUUCGGGUGUUACAGAGAGGAAUGGGUAAAAUUGAUGACAAGCAACAAGUAGUUGUUUCUUUCACAAGUUUUAAUCCAGUCAAAAGGACAGCAAUCCUUCAUGGGAGAUGACAGUCAUAAUAAAUUAAUAAAAUUAUCGUAUAGACAGAAGUCUGUCCAUCCUCAGCUUCACUUUUGGUUUCUUUGCCAUUUUCUUCACUUUUCACAAUCAAAUUCUGUUUGUAAAGAUACUCUUGCAAUUUCUGUACAACUAAUUAACCCUUUGUGAAAUGUGUUCAUGCUUCAGCGGCAGAUGUAGUUUUCAGGAAAUGGGGGGAGGGGGGAUAUAAAUGAGAGGGGAAGAGGUUUUGAGUGAAGGCCUUGCCUCGGGAAAUAUUUUCAAAUCUACAAUGCUUUCUCCUGCAUUCCAAGGCAAGUUGGAAACUUUAGCAUUCCAUAUAUAAUUUUUGGCCUAUUUUACUAGUAUCAUAACAUUAGUCAGCAGCUGAACGGGGUUGAGACCCCCCCCCCCAUUCUAGAUCCGUUACUGUGCUUAGGCAAUUUGUUGUUGGCUUAAAGUAAGCAGAAAAGUUGACUUACAAUGACAGGUACCAGUUCUAUUGAGGAAUAGUCAGGUGGCUUAGAGCCAUUUUUUGGCAAGAUCGUGACCGACUGGUCCAAAGCACCAAACUUGACAGAUAGAUUGUUGUAGCCUUAGAGAAGGUAUUUAAAAAGAAUGACACCUGAAAUUCUUUUGGGAAGGGUGCCUUAUUUGCAUAAAUCCUUAAUCCCUGUUGUAUAAUAUAUUCAUUAACCUUGUCUCCAGAUAUCAUCAAGUAGUCUUGUCAAACCUUAGUAUUGAUGAGCUUCAACUUCACUAAGUUGCUUACUGGCACAGUUAACUCGAUUAAAACUUCGUGGAAAAUCAUGUGAUCAAUGAUAACAUUGUUAUAUUUAGCCCAGAAAACAAAACGGGGAAAAACGAGGUGUCCGUAAAUUUGGCUAAAAAGUAGGUGAGGAAUUGCCUAAACAAGGAAAUUUUCAAAAUGAUUGGUAAGAAAACGUUUGGACAUGGACAUCAGUAUUUAAAAAAACCCAAUAAUUCUUAUGUUGGGGAAUUCAUCCUUGCACUUGAUCAAGUCCCCAUGUUAGGCAACCCUUCGCCUAAUUUUUAGCGCAAUUUACAGACACCUCAUUCCCCCCCGCCCUUUUUUGUUUUUGUGGGCUAAAUAUCAAGAUAAUGCAAUUUUUUUACAUGAUUUCCCAUUUAUUUUGGUUAGGAUAUAACUCUGCCAGUAAGUUAUUUUAUGAAUUUGAAGCUCAUAAAUACUGAGGUUUGGCAAGACUACCUGACGAUAUCUGAGGAAAAAGGAAAUGUGCGCAACUUUAGGGUAUAAUGGUAGCCAUUUAGGAUCUUUAUUAUGUCCUUAUAAUCUUCAAGUCUCCGA